AUGGUCGUCGAGAACUCGUUCACCGUCCAUCCUUUUGGAUACCAUGGCACCUUCAUUCACGCUGCAUCUGUUGGAGAGCUCGAAAUCAUUGAGCAAGGCCUUCUAGUCGUCGACGCAGCGGGGAGGAUCGCAUUGCUCGAGAAAGACAUCCUGCCAAGCAACAUCAAGGAUACACUGGCAACAAAUGGGUUCAGCACGUCUACCCCCGUCCAGGUCUUGGCCAGGGGCCAGUUCCUCAUCCCAGGUCUGAUCGACACGCAUAACCAUGCUCCUCAAUGGACCCAGCGGGGCACCGGACGCGGGAGGCUGAUCAUGGACUGGCUCAACACAGUGACUUUCCCACACGAGGCCAGGUUUGCCGAUCCCGAGUAUGCCAGGAACACCUACGCAUCCUGUGUGGACGGAUUCAUCAGGCAAGGAGUCACGACAGCAUCGUACUAUGGCUCCUUGCAUGGUGAGGCUACCAAGAUCCUGGCCGAGACCUGCCUGGAAAAGGGCCAAAGGGCCCUGGUGGGCAAGUGCAACAUGAAUCGGAAUGCUCCCGAUUUCUACAAGGAUGCCAGCGCCGCCGAGUCUUUGCAGGUCACCGAAGAUUUCAUCGCCCACGUGCGCAAGAUCGACCCGACCUCACGCCUCGUCACCCCGAUCUUGACUCCUCGGUUCGCCAUUUCGUGCGAUGCAGAGGUUCUCUCGGGGCUGGGGGAUAUCGCAGCGAAGAAUCCAGAUCUGCCCAUCCAAACUCAUUUUGACGAAGCCACGCAAGAAAUGCAGAUCACCAAGGAGCUCUUUCCUGAGUUUGAGAAUGAAGCCGAUCUCUACGAGCAUUUCGGGCUGCUGAAUAACCGGUCGAUCUUGGCGCAUUGUAUCUAUGUCGGAGAGUAUGAAAUGGGCCGGCUGAAGGCCCUUGACUGCGGCGUUGCUCACUGUCCCGUCUCGAACACGACGGGUGGAGAGUUUGGAAUGGCCCCGAUGCGCGAGUAUAUCCGAAGAGGCAUCAAGGUGAGCCUGGGCACGGAUAGUGGAGGCGGCUAUUCUUCCUCGAUUAUCGAUGCCAUGAGACAAGCUUUCGUGGUGUCCACGGCCAGAGAAACACUGUCCGGUGGCAAGGACCCAUCUCUGUCGAUUGCCGAGUGCUUCUUUAUGGCCACCUUGGGAGGAGCACAGGUAUGCGGCCUCGACGACAAGAUCGGAAACUUUGUGGUGGGCAAGGAGUUUGACGCCUUGGAAAUUCACACUGUCGGUCAGAAUUCUGGUAUCAUCACCCCUGUCGAGGAUGUCGACCAACUCCCAGACCUCUUUGAAAAGUUCAUCAUGAGCGGUGACGAGAGGAACAUAGUCAAGGUGUAUGUUAGAGGGAGAUCAAUCAAGAGUUAG